AUCAUCAAAUAAUCAAAUCGCAGAUAAAAUGUACGGCGAGGAUCCAUGGUCACGUAUCUAUCAUACCCAAUUUUCUCAUAUAUUAAUUAGUCUCUUGCAAAUUAAGAAACAGUAUAUUCUGUAAACCUUCCGUAUUGGCCGAGAAAUCAUUACUAUAUAUAUAUGAGUAGCACACGCUCCAUAAUCUCCGUAUACUAGAGUCAAUCAAGAAAGAGAGAGGUAUAUAUAGAGAGAGAGAGAGAAAGAAGAUCUAGAGAGAGAGAGGUAAAAAAUGGAGAAUAAAGAAGAAGCAAGAAAAGGGCCAUGGACAGAAGAGGAAGAUGCCCAGCUGGUACUUUACGUGAACUUGUUCGGCGAUCGCCGAUGGGAUUUCAUAGCAAAAGUAUCAGGUCUGAAAAGAACAGGAAAAAGUUGCAGGCUCCGUUGGGUUAACUACCUUCACCCGGGCCUAAAAAAAGUCAAGAUGACUUCUCAUGAAGAACGACUCGUUCUUGAACUCCACUCGAAAUGGGGAAACAGAUGGUCGAGAAUUGCAAGAAAGUUACCUGGUCGGACCGAUAACGAGAUCAAGAACUACUGGCGGACCCACAUGAGGAAGAAGGCUCAACAGAGCAAGAAGCAGAAGAAAUCCAUUUCUCCGAUAUCAUCUUCCGGUAACUCUUCAUCAUCCUCAUCGAUAUCCAAUAGCCCUGCUACGGAGGAUUUUACCCCGGCAAAGGAGACGAGUUUUUACGACACGGGCGGUGUGGAAAUAAAGGAUUUGAUGAUCCCUGCUGCUGCUGCUGCUGUCGAGCCUGGAGAAAGCAAAAAAACAGGUGCGGAGUUA